AUGGCGUAUUUGAACCGUGCCUUUACUACCAUCGCCGCUCAGUCGUCGCUAUCGCGCUCGCCUUUCACUACAACCCUCCCGAUCGCCCUCUCGAUUUCCCCUCCCAUUCCGUCGCCCUCCCCUUCACACGUUCUUUGGCCCUCGCUCUCGAUUUCUCUGCUCUCCUCCCUUGGCUCUCACUUUUUAUCCUCUCUCUUCCCGUCGCUCUCACUGUCGCCGCUCUCCUCCCGUCGCUCUCACUUUCUCCGCUCUCCUCCCGCCGCUUUCGAUUUCUCUGCUCUCCUCCCGUCGCUCUCACUUUCUCCGCUCUCCUCCCGUCGCUCUCAAUUUCCCCGCUCUCCUCCCGUUGCUCUCAAAAUCUCCGCUCUCCUCCCGUCGCUCUCAAUUUCUCCGCUCUCCUCCCGUCGCUCUCACUUUCUCCGCUCCCAUCCCGUCGUUUUCACAAUUUCCCUUCCCAUCCCGUCGCUUUCGUCCUUUCCCUUCCCGUCCCGUCACUUUCGUCCUUUCCGUUCCCGUCCCGUCGCUUUUGUCCUUUCCCUUCCCGUCCCGUCGCUUUCGUCCUUUCCCUUCCCGUCUCGUCCUACUGUCUUUCUGGUGUUCUUCGCUCCCCUCCCAUCGCCCUCGAUUUCUCCGCCCCCCUUCCAUUACCCUCGCUGUCGUCUCUCCCUUCCCAUCGCCUGCCUCGUCGCCUUAGCACUCGCCCUCAAACGCGCUACCCGCGCCCUUCCUCUCUCCCUUCCUCUCGCCCUUCUCCCCCCCUCUCCUGUCGAGCUCGCUUUCUCUCCUCGUCUCCCGUCGAGCUCGCUCUCCCCCCCCCCCGCUCCCCGUCACAAUUCCCGUCGCCCCCUCCCUCUCACUCCUCUCGCCUCCCCUCCGAAACACCCUCGCGUCGCCCACCCCGUGUCUUUCCUCGCUUCCCAUCGCCUCCGCGCUCUCCCGUCCCGUCCCGUCGCCCUCGUGCCUUCCCUCCCGCUCCCGCGCUUUCGCACUCGCCCAUCCCAUGCCUUCCCGUCGCCCUCGUGA